UGAAAAUAGCAGACAACAGUGUCUUUACAAGUAGACACUUUUUUUUAUUUUACACAAAUAAUAAUUAUUUUAGAAGAUUAAAUUAUUCAAAUUUUAAACAAUAAUCUAUUAAUUAUAAUAAAAUGUCACUGAACGUUUUACGAUGUGGAGUGGUAGGAGGCCGUAAUGUUCAAAAAAUGAAAGAAAUUUCCCAUUUUCUAACAAAAAAGCUCCCUAUGCUAGAUUCAAGAAUUAGAAAUUAUGCAAAGGAAGGUGCUCAAGGUUAUCGUAUGGAAAGAGACACAUUUGGAGAAUUAAAAGUACCAGCUGAUAAAUACUAUGGAGCUCAAACUCUUAGAUCUGUUAUGAAUUUUCCAAUCGGUGAUUCAUUUGAACGUAUGCCGUAUGGUGUUAUUGUCGCUAUGGGUAUUUUGAAAAAAGCCGCUGCUGAAGUAAAUAAAGAAUUUGGACUGGAUUCAAAAGUGUCAGAUGCUAUUAGCAAAGCUGCGGAUGAUGUGAUUAGCGGGAAGCUUUAUGAAGAACAUUUUCCUUUGGUAAUUUGGCAAACAGGAUCAGGAACUCAAACGAACAUGAAUACAAAUGAGGUGAUAGCAAAUCGUGCUAUUGAAAUUCUUGGCGGUGAACUUGGCUCGAAAAAUCCUGUUCAUCCAAAUGAUCACGUCAACAUGUCACAAAGUUCGAAUGAUACAUUCCCAACGGCAAUGCAUAUUGCUGUAGCACUUGAAAUCAACAAAAUCUUGUUACCCGGCUUACAGCAAUUACAUUCAGUCUUAAAAAAGAAAUCCGAAGAGUGGAAAGACAUUAUCAAAAUUGGAAGAACUCAUACUCAGGAUGCCGUUCCAUUGACACUCGGUCAAGAAUUUUCUGGAUACGCAACACAAAUUGAAUAUGGAAUUGCAAGAGUCAAGGAUACAUUGCCAAGACUUUAUCAAUUGGCUCUUGGUGGAACAGCUGUUGGAACGGGAUUAAAUACUAGAAAAGGAUUUGCGGAAAAAACUGCAGCGAAAAUUGCUGCUUUAACUGGUUAUCCUUUUGUUACGGCUCCCAAUAAAUUUGAAGCUCUCGCAGCUCACGAUGCUCUUGUUGAAGUUCAUGGAGCUUUAAAUACAGUUGCAGUUUCUAUCAUGAAGAUUGCCAAUGACAUUAGAUUUUUGGGUAGCGGCCCACGAUGUGGUCUUGGUGAAUUGUCAUUACCUGAAAAUGAGCCUGGAAGUUCCAUUAUGCCUGGUAAAGUUAAUCCAACACAAUGUGAGGCGAUUACCAUGGUUUGUGCUCAAGUUAUGGGAAAUAAUGUUGCAACAACAAUUGGAGGAAGUAAUGGUCAUUUUGAACUCAAUGUCUUUAAACCAGUAAUUGUCGCAAAUACAUUGAGAUCAGCACGAUUAUUAGGAGAUGCAAGUGCUGCAUUUACGAAAAAUUGUGUCGCAGGCAUAGAAGCAAAUAGAGAUAACAUUAAAAAAAUUAUGAAUGAAAGUCUCAUGUUAGUUACUGCCCUUAAUCCACACAUUGGCUACGAUAAGGCGGCAAAAAUUGCCAAGCAGGCGCAUAAGGAGAAACUGACAUUAAAAGAAUCUGCAUUGAAAAAUGGCCUCACUGAAGAGCAAUUUAAUCAAUGGGUCAGACCCGAACAAAUGCUUGGACCCAAAUAGAAACUGUAAAAAGAAAAUGAAUCAUUAAUCUAUAUAUUAUAUUGUACUAUUUAAAAAAUAGUACUCAUUAUCGCGCAUUCUAACAGAAUAUUUGUACAUUCAAAUAAUUUAGUGUCGUACUUAUAUCUUUUCUUAAAUACUUUUAAUUUGUUGUCAAUUUAAUCAAAAAAUAUUUUCAUAUAUUUUUCAAUAUUAAUAAAAGAAUGAUUUUUCCUGUUA